UUCACCGCUGCUGGGUGAUCUUCAUGCCUCUGGAGGACUCGGCUCUUUCUCGUAGGCUCGUGCGUCCCCUGGCGGUCUCCCUCGGAACUUCAUCUUGUUCGCACCACCUCGGCGCGAAUAAAGAUUUCUUAUUCAAAACGCCGGAAGUGACUACGGAGGCCGGGAGUCUCGGCGUGAAGGAACCGCGACGGGAGGCCGCGAUGAGCGAUAUGGUGGAGAGGACGCUCACGGCGCUGCCGGGGCUUUUCCUGCAGAACCAGCUGGGAGGGCCUGCGGCCUCCAGAGCUCCCUUCUUCUCCAGGCUGGGCGGCCUCAUCCGCGGCGUCACUGCGCUCUCGUCCAAGCACGAAGAAGAGAAAUUGAUCCAGCAGGAACUGAGCAGCCUGAAGGCGACUGUUUCCGCUCCGACUACAACACUGAAAAUGAUGAAGGAAUGUAUGGUGAGACUUAUCUACUGUGAAAUGCUUGGCUAUGACGCUUCCUUUGGAUAUAUACAUGCAAUCAAGUUGGCCCAACAAGGAAACCUCUUGGAAAAAAGAGUGGGUUAUUUGGCUGUUUCUUUAUUUCUACAUGAAAGUCAUGAACUUUUGCUUCUUCUUGUGAAUACAGUGGUAAAGGACCUGCAGAGCACUAACCUGGUAGAAGUAUGUAUGGCCCUUACUGUUGUCAGUCAGAUUUUCCCUCGAGAAAUGAUUCCAGCUGUUCUUCCAUUAAUAGAAGACAAACUUCAGCAUUCUAAGGAGAUUAUACGAAGAAAAGCAGUUCUGGCAUUAUAUAAAUUUUAUGUCAUUGCCCCUAAUCAAGUACAACAUAUCCAUACGAAAUUUCGGAAAGCACUUUGUGACAGAGAUGUUGGUGUCAUGGCUGCCUCUUUGCAUAUAUACCUUAGGAUGAUUAAGGAAAAUUCCUCUGGAUAUAAAGAUCUGACUGAGAGUUUUGUGACAAUUUUAAAGCAAGUGGUGGGAGGAAAGCUCCCAGUUGAGUUUAGUUACCACAGUGUGCCAGCGCCGUGGUUACAGAUCCAGCUCUUGAGAAUACUGGGACUGCUGGGAAAGGACGAUCAAAGGACAAGUGAAUUAAUGUAUGAUGUUCUUGAUGAAUCCUUACGAAGAGCCGAGUUAAAUCACAAUGUCACUUAUGCUAUUCUGUUUGAAUGUGUACACACAAUCUAUUCUAUUUAUCCUAAAUCAGAAUUACUUGAGAAGGCUGCCAAGUGCAUUGGAAAAUUUGUUCUGUCACCUAAAAUAAACCUCAAAUAUUUAGGACUGAAGGCUCUUACCUAUGUUAUCCAGCAGGAUCCUUCUCUGGCUCUUCAGCAUCAGAUAACCAUAAUUGAAUGCCUAGACCACCCUGAUCCCAUUAUUAAAAGAGAGACUCUGGAACUUCUUUACAGAAUUACAAAUGCACAGAAUGUGACAGUUAUUGUACAGAAAAUGCUUGAAUAUUUGCAUCAGAGCAAAGAAGAGUAUAUCAUCAUCAACUUGGUUGGCAAAAUAGCUGAGCUGGCCGAGAAAUAUGCUCCUGACAAUGUGUGGUUUAUUCAGACAAUGAAUGCUGUGUUUUCAGUGGGAGGAGAUGUAAUGCACCCUGAUAUUCUCAGUAACUUCCUGAGACUGCUAGCAGAAGGUUUUGAUGAUGAAACAGAAGAUCAACAAUUAAGAGUCUAUGCAGUUCAGUCUUACCUUACUUUACUAGAUAUGGAAAAUACUUUCUAUCCACAGAGAUUUCUUCAAGUUAUGAGUUGGGUGUUAGGAGAAUAUUCCUACCUCUUAGGUGAAGAAAGUGCAGAGGAAGUUAUAACCAGGCUCUACAAGUUACUUAUGAGUGACUCCAUUUCUUCAGAAACAAAAGCCUGGUUGAUUGCUGCAGUGACCAAGCUGACACCCCAAGCACAUUCUUCUCAUAUAGUUGAGAAAUUAAUCCAAGAAUUCACUGUGUCUUUGGAUACUUGUCUAAGACAGCAUGCAUUUGAAUUGAAGCAUCUGCAUGAAAAUGUGGAACUUAUGAAGACCUUGCUUCAAGAUACUCAGAAUUGUGAAGACCCAGUGGUGGAUGCUUCUUUAUCUUUUCUGGAUGGUUUUGUAGCUGAAGGUCUCAGUCAGGGGGCAGCACCUUACAAACCGCAUCACCAGCGCCAAGAGGAACAGCUUUCGCAAGAAAAAGUUCUCAAUUUUGAACCAUAUGGACUAUCAUUUUCAUCAUCUGGCUUCACUGGACGACAGUCACCUGCUGGCAUUUCUCUGGGCUCAGAUAUAUCUGGAAAUAGUGCUGAAACGGGACUGAAAGAGACAAGUAGCUUGAAGCUGGAAGGUAUAAAGAAAUUAUGGGGCAAAGAGGGCUAUCUCCCCAAAAAGGAGAGCGCAACUGGUGAUAAAAUGGAAGUGCCGCAUGCUCCUGGGGAGGGUACAACAAUGGAGAAUGUCAGCCAGGCCACAGCCAGAAAGGACCAAGCUCAAGGCCUCACCCUAUCUACAGAGGAGAAAGAAAAGCAGUUGUUGGCAUCCUCACUGUUUGUGGGGCUUGAACCAGAAAAUACAAUCAAUUUGUUGGGAAAAGCAGACCUCGUGUCUCACAAGUUCAGGAGGAAAUCAAAAUUCAAGGUCUCCCAAAAUGACAAGAUACCCAGUGCUCAUAACCCUGCCUCCUCCACCCUCAGCUCUGUAUCAGCUGUGGCCCGUGGGGAUGAUGACUGUCUGAGUGCUUUGAAUAGAGGGGACACUGAACUCAGUGCAGAGCUCUUGGGUUCUGGGUCUUCAUCAGAGCUGUCCUCGGUUGAAAAGCUCUCAAGUGUCAGCUCGCCUGCGCCUUCUUUGUUUGCUGAUGACAACAUGGAAGUUUUCCAGCCCUCUUCAUCCUCCACAGCUUCAGCUGCAGCCUCUCUGUUAGAAGAAACUCCAGAGCGUGGGCAUUCAAGUCUCAUGGAAAUCUGUAGUAAUGACACAGUGUCAGUGUCUUCUUACAAAAUUUGGAAGGAUGAUUGUUUAUUGGUGGUCUGGGCAGUCACUAGUAAGACUGAUUCAGAGGUGACAAAUGCUAAGUUAGAAAUUUUUCCUGUGGAAAACUUCAAGAUCAUUGAGCAACCUGGAUGCUGUUUGCCUGGGAUGGAAAGCUCCACAUCUUUUCAGUAUGGUGUGCAGAUGGAAAGCCCUUCUGUAGAGGGGACUCUCUGUGGUGUUAUAAAUUACCAGAUGAUGGAUGCACAUUCUCUUCAGUUGGAAUUUUCCAUGAACUUAUCAUUAUUAGAUUUUAUUAGGCCAUUAAAGAUCUCAACUGAAGACUUUGGCAAACUCUGGUUGGCCUUAGCAAAUGAUGUGAAGCAAACUAUAAAAAUAUCAGAGCCUCAAGUUGCCUUGGCUUCUGUCCUAACAGAGCUGCAGCAGAAGUUGGGACUUCAUGUCAUUGACGUCGUAGGCAAUGAAGGGCUGUUGGCAUGUCAGCUGCUCCCAUCCACCCCGUGUGUUCUGCACUGCCGAGUGCAUGCUGAUGCGGUGGCGCUGUGGUUCCGGUCCUCCUGCUCUGCUCUUCCAGACUAUUUAUUGUGUCACUGUCAGAAGGUGAUAGAGACAUCCUAGCAAUGCUCCGUUCAGUUUACUUUCUCACAUAAAUGGUUUACAUUUAUAAACUUACCAAAGUACAAAGAACUCAUGGUACUUCUGAUGGAAAUGGGGAUUAUUGUAAGGUUCGGUUUAUGCGUUUUCUUCUUGAUUUCUGAUAAGGAUAAUCCCCAAGAAACUGUGUCACUAAUUUUUUUACUCAGGAUUGUACAGUAUGUUUGGGUUUCCCCAAAUGACCUAAGCUAAUGUGAUAAAAUGUAAUGAUUUAUAUAUCACUUAAUGUGAAGGAACUGAAAAUAUUUAUUUUGUUAUAAGUGUUUUAUAACAGGUUUAUUCUAGCAUUAACUGAUUUCUAAUAAAGCCAAGACUCAGUUCUCCUCUUUGAUGCAGGGACACAUGAGAUUGGCUUUGGAAUGUGGUGUUUGUUGUGGGAAAAGGUGUGCUCUAGGUUCUGUUUUACUAGGUCAGUGUUAAACUCAGACGGCCUAGCACAUGCUAACGGUUGUAGGAAAUUCAUGAGCAUGCUGGGUAUUGGGCAGAUCCAAUCUGCGUUUUGGGUUUUUUUUACUUUUUAACUUGUUAUACUUAAUUUUAAGUAAUUUGGCCAUAAAGUACAUCUGUUUGCUAUUAGAUCCAUUUGGCAAUUGAAUUCUGUGACCAUACUCUAAAUGGUCAAUUAAUUUUUCAUGGCUCUUAAAACUACUAGUAUUCAGUGGAUGUAGAUGCAGUAGUAACCAUGUAAAUAUAUUGUUUUCAUGUUGUAUUUGUGCAAAUAAGGCCUCUGUUAAUAAAAGAAGAUGUUGUGCCUCAUAUGUAUGAUGGGCCAAAAUCCUGAGAUUGUAUAUUAACUGAAAUAGUAUUUUAUAAAAACUUAUGGUGCUGUGGAAAAUAUUUAUUUUACCAUUUCUGGUACUUCACCAUUGAAACUAUUCAGGUAAUACAACCUUUAAGUCGUUACUAUUCUAGCUCGCAGGACUGGCUGUCACCCAGGUCAGGCACUCUGGGUUUAGGUUAUCUCAAUAUUUGCUGAUCAAGAUGCUAAUGAGCCAGUAGAUCUCAGUCAUCUGUAGUUAGAGCAAAAGAAAUAUAGUAUUUUUAAAUUAAUUUUUAGGUUAUUCAUUUUAAAAUGUAACAUUUUGUUAAUUUCUCUUUUAAAAACAUAUAGU